ACACACCUCCGCAACUCCGACCCACACAUACACCCCACAACAUUGCAUGGCUCAAGAUAUAAAUCACCACGAUCCAGGCGAGAGGGAGAGAGACCGGCGUGGAACUGCGUGAGCAGAGGCAGACUCACUCCAAAAAUACCUCUGUACACCGUGACCAUAUACAGCCUGACCGUCGUGCAGCCAACGUGCUGUGUGGCGGGGGCAGCUGUUUAGCCAAAGCCUUUUUUUGUUAAUCGUUAGAAGAGGAAGAAAAACACUCCCAAUGCACCAAUACACUGAAGCACUGGAGCUGCAUUCAAGGGUCCGGACCGGAGGCACGCGACAUGGAGCAGCUCCCAACCCUGUUGCACCUGAACCAGGAGUGCCUGCUGCACCUCUUCUCGUUCCUGGGCCGGGCGGACCGCGCCAGCCUGUCCCGCGCGUGCACGCGCCUGCGCUCCGUGUACGAGGACCCCGCCCUGUGGACCGACCUGCGCUUUGGCUCCCUGGUGGAGCUCAACCGUGGGGACUACCGGCUGGGGGCUGCACUUCGCCGGCUGGACGUGUGCUGGUAUUCGAGCCGCGUAAAGGUGUGCAACGUUGAGCCGUGGAGACAGACGGAGCUGCAGAGAGCCAUGUGCUGGCAGCAUGAGAGCGUGGUGGGAGACUUCUUGCUGCAAGUCAGCCUGAGGUGCCCAAACCUGGAGCGGCUGUCCCUGGCGGGGUGCGCCCACGUGACGGACGAGCAGCUCUGCUCACUGCUGCGCCGCUGCCCCCGCCUGCGCUCGCUGUUGCUGCACAACUGCCGCUCGCUCACGGACGCCGCUCUCGAGGAGGCCGGGCGGCUCGCCCCGGGGCUGACCCACGUGCGCGCCGACUGGUGCCGCAACGUCACCCCGGCAGGCCUGGCGCACAUCCGUGCCGCCUGCCCGGCCCUGCAGGUGCUGAGCGGCGACCGCGUGGGAGCACUCGUGCCCGACGAACCUCCUCCUCGGCCACCGUCACCCGGCAGACCCAAGGCUCGGUGCUCCCAAUGGGGAUACGGAGGCCACCUGGGACACCGUCUCACGGAGCACAACGCCCCGCUCGGCGGAGAGGGCUUCAGAUAACGAGACGAUGCUUGGGUGGCAGGCAGAUCCUCCACGUGGGCGGCGGACCAACGGCCAGAAGGCGCAUGGUGUCAGGGGAUCUGUUGGCCAAUUGACCGGGAUUAAAACAGAGCUCCGAAAUCAGUUACGCUGGUUUGAUCAUCCACUGCCCUGAGCAGAGCCGAAGCUCCGCUUGGAUACUCAUCAUCAGCAUUCAUUACUAUUAUUUAUCCCGCGCCUCCCAUGCAACAUGUCUCGAGGUAGUCACAGGAGACGUGAUGUGAAGGUCGAUCCACUGUCCCGCAGGUGAAAGGGGACGUGUCUGUGCCCUUCUGCUCAGUGGGACUUGUUGAAGCAGGGCUGAUUAUGAAGUACGCAGUCUGCGACUAUAAAUAACUCUCAAGGUUGUACUUAAGAGUUGGCAAUUGGACAGAAGGGGGUGGGCCCCACUCCUUUAAAGGCCUCCAUUGCUGUGCCUAUCUUGCUCCAUAUCUCUUGGCGUCUGUUUCUCCGUGCCCGUCACUGUCUCUUUCCAAGUGUCUCGCUCAAUGUCUGUCUUCAUGACACUGUCGCUGGGACCUUUCUUCUCUGAACCUUGCAGAGUUUGCUCAAGGAUGCAAUUGCAUUGCCCUGCCAGGUGACACUAUCAAACGUGUGUGAUCUUCCAGAAGCAAUCCCUGACAUGGUGUGCGAUGGUGUGCGAGAUUUUAAGAGAUCAGUGAGGAUAUUUGAACUUAUGCUGACUUCUAUAACAGAACUGGGAUAUAAUCGGUAAAAAAAAACUGAUUAUACAGAUUGCAACAGUUGCGGUAUACAAGCACAGAUAAAAUAAAAAUAACCAAACUACUGUCAUAUAUUACUGCCUGUAACAGAACACCACCUAAGACCAUAAACAUUCAGUAGUUGGCUGUUUCUGUGUGCUCUGAAAGAGGGCUUUUACCAAACAUGUUACCCCACACAUUAAAUUAGCAUGGUUGGCUAUGUACGAUGCGAAAGAAGUCCAACAUACAUACUCCAUAUUUUUCUGUUUAUAAGGCAGACUUAAUGACAGUAGCGAUGUUAAGUUAUGACGUGGAAGUUGGAAAUAUGUCCAUAUUGAGAACUACAUUUCAUUAUUUUUUUAUUAUAAACAUACAAAUUAAGUAAAUUUAUUAACAACUAAAAUUGGAACAUGUGUAAUUAAUCUAAGAAGGUAAAAACCGCGUUGUUUUUUUGCACUACACUUUACACCUACACAUAGAGCACACCCACACACGAUCCAUACCUGUGCAUGCAAUUUUCUAGCCUUGCUCUGUAAACAAUAGCGUGCACAUAUUUUUAUGAAUUCCCUAAGUAGUAAUCUCGCGGGCACAUCCAGUUAGAAAUUAACAUCGUGUUUUUUUUUAAUUACACAUCCAAAAUUGGUAUUUAAAAAAAUAAUUCACUGCCCCUAUAUUUGUUUUUACAACACCCACCGACAAACACGCUUCCAUAAAGCGUGAAAUACAACACGUACCAAAAAACCAUUCUUCACUUCAAAAAAUAUUUUUUAUUAAAAAAUUAAAUAUAGCAAUACAAAGUCUAGAUUACAGAGGUAAAAUAAUUACUGUAAACCACUUUAUAAAAACAACCAUUGCGAAGCCUUGUUAGCGCACCCUGAAUAGACGGUGUAAUGUACAGGACAUGAAGUGAGAAAUGCAUCAUUAUUCACAUUGUGGCUAACAUAACUUCAAUUACACACCACCUACUUGCCUUGGUAUGGACAUUAAAAAUUAACACACAAUGCAAAACAAACAACUUUAUAGAUGCACAGACUGUGGUGCCCUGGUCUGUAAAACAUUAAUUAAAAGUUUCAUGAAUGAGAAAAGAACAUUUGAAAAUUACGUUCAAAUGCACGCACAGCCAUCAGUAGUCACCCCCACUAGAUCAUGCAACAGUGCGUCACUGGAGGGCGUCUGACAAGUGAUUUUAAAGUAGCAGUGGGUCACAAUAACUCUUGCGAAGAUGAUCUCAUAUAAACAACAUUUCAGUUUAAAGCUGUGCAGCUACAAGUAACAUCCCCCGCAGAAAAUGUGGCUUCGUACAUAUUUACAACAUAAGAGCUGUUUCUUUUGUGUUCCAUAUUCCUUGAAAACAAUUCAAAUGCGUUGCUUACGAGCCACAGCACCUAGUUACAUUAGUCCCACGGCGGGCGCGAUGACAACCGCCGGAGUUGAUAAGACAGUGGCGGCACCUCCUCCACUCAAGUGGUGGGGGCUGGUGAGUGAGCUGGCGGAGAUGCGGGAAAAUGGGUUGUGCGACGAUAAUACAGGUGGGGGAUAAUUUCUGCAUAAAUCCAAGUAUG